AGUCCACAGAGCACGGGGAUUCCCCGAGGGAAGUUCCCAACUCAACUAGGCUAUGUAAAACAUACGUUGCCAUAUCCUCUCCAGCGCUUCGUACCUUUGCGUCUGAAGAUUAGGCGGCGACGCUGCGGUGGUGUCAAAACAAUCAUUUCGACUUUGGCAGUUACUCGGAUGAAGGGCUCAUGUCUGCUGUGUCAGUGAUGAUUGUGGAGCACACGGCAUGGAAAGGAACAUCGGAGACCAGCUCAACAAAGCUUUUGAAGCUUAUCGCCAGGUCUCCAUUGAAAAGGACAAUGCUAAGCAAGAGCUGCAGAAAAUGACUGAAUAUUAUGAGAGAUACACACAAACACUUGAAAAGCGGAUAGACGAGCAGCAGCAGCUGAUUUCAGAACUUCAAGCUAAGCUGUCAGCAACAAGGCAACCAUCAGGGGAGAUGAAGUGUGAGCCUUACAUCCAUCUCCGUGACGGGGUCAGCUCCUAUAGGUUAAAGCAAUACCAGGAGAAUGUGGGCUCUCUUGCUGUUGCUCCUAACAGCAGCGUUGACUAUCAGGACAUGCUAGACGCAUUCGAAGCAAUUGAAGGGAAAUUCCGGCAGAUUCGGUCUCUGACCAGAAGGCAGAAAGAUCACCUAAAAAGAUUCCAUGGAGGAAACGAUCCAUCAAAUGAUCAGCGCUUCUCCAUGCCCAUCCAGUGCACGGACCGUACAGCGGAGGCAGAGACACCAUUUUCCACCCCAGGGCUAAGGUCAGCAGUGGACGUCCCGCACCCACCAGCGUCUCUGGCGUCCCGCGGAGCCAGCCCCGAGGACAGGGAAUUAGUAGACUCUCUUACCGAACUCAGUGUCAAAUUCCCACCCUCUGCGGACGGUGAAUAUGACUUCCUUAACAGUGCUCCGGAGAGGAACCUAGGUCUUACCAUGCCCAUGAAACCACCUCACAGUAGCAUCCCGUCCACGUUGUCGGAGGAAGAGCCCGUGGAACUGCCCAUGCCUUUUGUCUACCCUCCAUCCCCCUCCCACUCCACAUCAUCUUCACUCUCCAAGGAGAGCGUGCGGGGACCCCAGCAGACUCUCUGGAGCCCCGAGCUGUGCGAGGCGGCCGGCGUGGGGACGGAGCUGGCGACGCGUCAGAACAGCAGCCCCGAUAAAUGUGCUUUCUGCCACGCGGUGGUUCCUCAGGACCGAAUGAACAUCCACCUGUACUCGCAUUUCAAAAGCGAGGACAAUUGACAGUGGAAGCACAGACUUGAGGGCCAAGGCCACCACUACUACCAAGACUUUACUGUAUUCAUGGUCUAGUCCGGCCUGAGAUGAAGUACGUGCGCUGUACUGGAUUUGAAACAAGACUUGAAUCCAUUUAUUUAAUAUUGAUGAACUGAAUGGUACAUAUCCUGCCCAUGAUAUUGAUAUUUCUCUAAAAUCGCGCUGAGAUUUUCUUAUAGUGAGUAUUGAUGAUGCAUAAUAUGGUAUAUAUGAGCAAAUAAAGCCAACAUUUACUCUUUUUUUAAUUUGAAUUAAUGGUGAACAUAUAAACAUUAGAUGCCUUACUUUCUGGACACAGAGUCAAAUAUCAGGAUGUGUACAUAUGAACUUUCUAUGAUAUAUUUAUAUAUAUUUUUAUAUGAGAACAUUUGUUGCAUUAAUAACACGCAAACAUUUCGUUUUAGUGAGACAUUAAUUCUGAGGCAAGUGAAUAUGAACUUUUCUUGCCCCACCUGUUAUGUUGGUUUUUCUAUGGCAUGGAACAACCAUCUCUUAUGUGUUAGAUAUACUGUACCAACAAUAUGCGUCAGAUCAAUUAAACGUUAACCAAUCAGGCCUUUCGAGGACGGCGGACAUAUUGAUUAGUACUAUUUGCACAUGAACUCCCAUUGUUCUUCAGUGUUGUAUGCUUACGUCAGGAUCAUUUGAAGCAGCUGUAUGUCGUUUGUGCCGAGUGUAACAAACAAUUUCUCUCAUGUCUCAAAUUUAUUUUUGUGGAGGAUGUCUGUUAUUUCUUCAUUAAAAUUAUCUACACAAAUGGCAAUAAAUAACCCAAGACACAAA